CCCGGCUCCCUUAAGGCGACCAUUCCCCCUCGCGGCACUCUUCCAUCUCCCCCACCUCUUGCACGCUAAUCGAGAGAAGAAAUGGCGUACCAGGUCAGCACGAUGAGGCCCAAUCAGGUGGCGGUCACGAUGGUCGAGCUCGCCGUGUACAAGCACGAGACCCAUCCGCUCCAGAUCUUCAUGAAGGCGUUCACCGCUGGUAUCCUCUUGUCAUUCGGUGGACUGCUCUCCGAGGUCAUCCAGGGUGGUGCGCCAACUCUCACCGCCUCCGAUCCCGGAAUCGUCAAGGUGCUCGGCGGCUUUGUCUUCCCCGUCGGAUUGGUCAUGAUCGUGCUCGGAGGCCAUGAGCUUCUUACAAGCAACAUGCUGGUCUUUCCCAUGGCUGCCAUCAAACGGGCAAUUCCUCUCUGGUCGCUGCCACUCAACUGGCUCAUCGUCACCUUCGGCAACCUAGUGGGCAGCCUGUUCUUCGCGGCGAUCAUCACCAAGUACAGCGCUGUCAUAGAUGACGACCCGUAUAAAUCUUUUGCAGUGUCGUUCGCCCUGAAAAAGGCGUCGGAACCGGAGUGGCACCAGAUCUUCCUUCGUGGCAUUGGCUGCAACUGGCUCGUCUGUAUUGCUGUUUGGCAGGCGUACGGCGCUCGUGACACUAUCUCCAAGAUCGUCGCUUGCUGGUUCCCUAUCUGGAUCUUCGUCGCCUGCGGGUUCGACCACGUCGUCGCGAACAUGUUCUCCGUCCCGCUUGGUAUCAUGUAUGGUGCAGACCUGACUGUGGCAGAGUACAUUCGCAAAUCCCUGAUCGCGGCGUACCUCGGCAACAUCGUGGGAGCGCUUUUCGUCGGUCUUCCCGCGGUGUGGUGGUAUCUCGGCGACUACCACCCGACAGACUCGAAGCUCAGCAACCUUGAGGGCGGCAACAACCUAUCGCCGUCGCGCGACGAGUCCAAGGAUGAGCUGAAGACGUCCUGAUACAUGCACGCGCGACGCUGCCGACAUGAUUUGAUUCGUUUGAUGCCUAAUUAUGCGAUGGAGUGGCCAGUUUUUUUUAUUAGUCCAUGUAUUACUAGAUUUAAUGUGAUGCUACUUCUCGCGAACUUGAGCACAUACUAUU